AGGGUUUGUGAUUUAUCAAACUAAUUCCCACAACGCACGCGACUGCAAAAUCAGUUUGUUCACUCCCGGGAAAAGUGCCAGUAGAAAAAAGAGUAUGGUUGUGGUGAAGAGUUGGUUCAUACUAACUCUAGUGCUUAUCGAUGGAUUCUGGAGUGCGGUGGCAGUGAAUAGUGGAGCGCUUAACCAUUCGUCUCCAGCUAGUGAUGAUGGAAUCGGCAUAGUCAAGAGCAACCGGUCACUGUCCAGAAAAAAACGUUUCCUGCUGUUUACACCGGGCUCUAGUUUAUUGGUAACGGUUUCCGCUUUGAAGGGUUUACUUUUCAAAGGUCCAAGUGGAAAUGUUCUCCUCGCUGAGUUGGACAUGUUUCACCCACUGCCGGAUUACCGAUAUCGUUUCUCUUCCUUACGGUUGGGCACUAUUGCAAUGCUGCCUACUCCACCUCCACCACCUCCCCCACCACCACCACCGCCACCGCCGCCACCACCACCGGCCCCCUCACCGCCGCCCCCACUAGCGUCUUCACCACAGCCUCCUCCAUCCAUGGACCAAACUAGCAGGAACAGUGGCGAUGGUCAAGAGCUGACUCCUGCAGAGUUAAAACAAUACGGCAAAGAUCGUUCGGAUUGGUUACGACCAGGAACGUACAACCCAUAUCCAGCACAGGAACAGCCAAAAUACACUUACUUGAAAACUUAUUAUGGUUCGCCAAAUCUUCAACCAUACAAAAGUAAACUCUGGGACUACGAGCCAGAAUAUCAAUAUCGUGGAAAUCAAUGGCGCACUCUAAGGUCCGUGGAUCAUGAUGAAACUAGCUACGAUUUCGAGGAAGAAGAGGAUCGGUUCAACAUAAGUCACCAUCAGGACUGGGAACAUUUUUAUCAUUAUCGGGAGAGGCGCGAACUUUAUCACACCUUGGAGAACGAAAUAGGUAACAAAUUAAACUUCCCGAUGAAAGCGUGCAUUAUGCGUGCCAUUUGUGAGGCACGAAAUUUACUUCCUGCGAAAGGAAAAUCAAUGAUUAUGGAUAUCGCACGAAUUAUAUUUAGUGUACCAUUAAAAUCGGAUCUAGUGGAUGAUUAUAGUGACGAAAUGCGAAAUCAGUCUGAAGAUUGCCAUAAACUGUAUCAUGAAGAUUGCCCGAUCAGCAUUUUAUAUCUCAUGUUGUUCGGAAAAUUUACACCAUGA